AUGUUCAAGAGGCUGUUCCAUACGUUGAGGCCGCUGCGCCAAAGGGUUCUAUCGCCGCUGGAGGAGUACAAUAGGCUUGUUUCUCUGCGGAAGCUGAGGGACGACCCAUACCAGAGAAACAUCAUUGGCUCCUUGGGGGACUUACACGCUGGGCUGAGCAAUUAUGAGCCACCACGGGUGCCAGAUCUGAAGCCACAAGGCGGAGGGUUCUUCUCGAGGCUUUUCGGUGGUGGGAAUGGUGCCAGUGACAAGCACUGGGCUCCCGAGGACUAUGAUGAGGUUCCCAAGGGCAUCUAUCUGUACGGCGAUGUUGGGUGUGGUAAGACCAUGCUGAUGGAUCUGUUCUACUCGACUAUACCUCCACACCUGACUAAGAAGAGAUUGCACUUCCAUCAGUUCAUGCAAGGCCUGCACAAACGUCGUCAUGAACUGAUUCUCCAACACGGCUCGCCAGAUAUGGACACGAUUCCCCAGCUAUCGUGGGAAAUUGCCCAGAGUGCCAAUGUGCUAUGCUUUGAUGAAUUCCAGGUGACCGAUGUUGCUGAUGCGAUGCUUCUUCGUAGAGUGGUGGAAACGAUAUUGGCUCCGGACCACGGUGUUGUACUGUUUGCUACCUCGAACAGAGCCCCGGAAGAGCUAUACAUCAAUGGAAUCCAGAGACAAUCCUUCAUCCCGUGUAUCAAGCUCAUUGAGCGUCGCACGGAGGUGAUCUUCUUGGAUUCGCCAACGGAUUACAGAAAAGUCCCUAAACCAAUAUCCUCUGUAUACUGGAGUCCACCACAAGGACAGCUGUUCACAUCGCCUGAGUCCAAGAAGCAGGAGCAAGAACACAUUGAAUCCUGGUACAACUUCUUCUCACAGGGGCACCAGGCAGAAUCUGAUAUCGAACUCACCAUUUGGGGUCGUAAACUGAGAGUUCCAAAGUGCUCUCCUCCAAAUGUCGCACAGUUCACAUUCCAUGAGCUGUGUGGCUCGCCAUUGGCAGCUGGGGACUAUCUUGCAUUGGCACAGAGCUUCAAUGCCUUUGUUGUCACUGACAUCCCGUACUUAUCUAUAGAGAGACGUGAUCUGAUUAGAAGAUUCAUCACCUUUUUGGACGCUGUAUACGACAACCAUGGAAGGCUGUGUGUCACGAGCGCCGCACCUUUCGAAGACCUAUUCGUCGAGCCAGAGGAGAUGGCCAAUGACUUCCAAUUGAAAGACCUCCAGAGGGAGAAGGACAUCGUCAACGUGGAAGAGGACGACCUGGUUAAAACCCACGGCUUUAGUGCCAAAAUUGCACAGAAUGCUCAAAUGUUCCAGUUGGAUGAGGAGAGAUUCGCCUUUGCAAGAGCCCUGUCUCGGUUAUCACAGAUGAGCACGCAAGACUGGGUCGAUAAAGACAUUAGAAAGUGA